AUGUCUACCCUCCGCUCACAGAGCCAAAGCUAUGCCAGCCCGCCACGGCCCUCUCGACAAUGCUCGAAGCCGGGCAGCACAAGACUCAUCGGCGGGCGAUGUAGGCUCAUGGUUGGCGAGGCUGACCAGCAAGCGAGGCGCACGCCUGGCUCUCCGGGACACUACCAGGACACCCCGAUACCGACACCCAACCUCUUGUAUCCAUCACGACAGACCGCCGUAGGCCGGACGAACGACGCUGAGGAUUAUCACCGUCCGGCUGUUGACUGUCCCAGCCAUCGUACACGCGUGUCGCACAUCGGUCCGCAACCCUACCCACGCAUACCGCUCGCGCAUCGGCCCUACGACGAGCUGACCGCGCCGGAUCUGGUCUUGCUGCUCAUCCCGGUCCAGCUUCCCGUGGGCAUGGCCGCGACGCGCACGCCGCCAUCCUGUGCGGAACCCUCCCACAGCACGACUACGUACGGCUGCUACGCAUCGUGCCUGCCCUCAGAGUCUCCCCGGUACGCCGCCGCACGCGAGCAUUCGGGCUAUCGAAUACACGACGUAUCGCCGUCCGGCGAGCUGGCCACGGGGUGCCCUGUUCGCGCUGCGUCGACGUGCACGCUGCGGCUCGUUGCGCUACGCCAGCCACAGGCCGCCGCCUUGGGAGCACUCGUGACGGCGCAGUGCGAGGCCGUUGCGACGAGGUUCGUGGUCAUCCAGCAACCGAAUGAGCUCUGGAGAGCUGAUCCCGCGCUGCGUCUGUCGGCGGGAGUACCUGGGUGCCGCAUCCGACGUGCCCGCCAUCGUCUCCGAGGCUUUGGCGUCCGGACGAUCGAAUACACAACAUAUCGUCGUCCGGCGGACCGGCCACGGAGCACGCCUGUCGACGCACACGCCACCGAUCCUUGCCGGUGCACUACUCCGCCAUGCACGGCCGGUCCACGUCGCGCCUGCCGUGCUGACCGUCGAAUACACGACAUAUCGUCGUCCCGCGGCGAGCCCCUGUCCGCGGGUUCCUUCCGCACGCUCUUCGCUCUCGAACGAACUGCGCGCGAUGUUCCGCGGGCGCUGGGAACGCUGAUCGACGAAGACACGACGUAUCGAGUUCCGGCGAGCGACGUCGUGGGUGUGCGAGAGAGCCCGAGCGCCGGGUAUAGCGAAGACAGGACAGAUCGAGUCCCGGCGAGCAGCGCGAGCGGGUGCCGGUUGAUAACGCGGCAGACGGCCCCCACCACCGACUCGAUGGAAGCUGCGGACCGACGCGGCAGAUGA